AUGUCUACCAAGCUCGAUAAGUCUCUCGACGAGAUCCUUGUCAACCGCCGCCAGGGCGUGCGCAACCGCCGCCGUAACGCCAGAUCCAAGGCUGCCAACGCUGCUGUUCCGGUUGGCGGAGUCAAGAAGACCACAAAGAGUGCUAAGCCUGCUGGAAAGGCUAUCCAGAAUGGACACCCCAUCUCGACCGAAAGCAAAAUCAUGGUCAGCGGCUUGCCUGCCGAUGUGAAUGAGGCCAAUAUCAAGGAAUACUUCUCAAAAUCCGCAGGUCCCGUCAAGCGUGUCAUGCUCACCUACAACCAGAAUGGCACAAGCCGCGGCAUCGCCUCGAUUGUUUUCAGUAAACGCGACACUGCCGCAAAAGCGGCCAAGGAGCUCAACGGUCUGCUCGUCGAUGGGCGUCCCAUGAAGGUUGUUGUCGAUGCCUCGCACGCCCCUGAAGUACCUGCCCCUAAGCCUCUUGGAGAUCGCGUCGCCCAGGGCAAGUCAAAGCCGAAGCCUGCGACCAACGCCAAGGCCGCCAACACUGCCGCCGGCAAGAAGGGUCGCGGCGGACGCCGACCAGGCGCUCGCACCAACCGUCCCAAGCCCAAGACUGCAGAGGAAUUGGAUGCGGAGAUGGAUGAUUACUUCAUUACUUCUGGCGAUGUUGCGCCCGCCAAUGUCCCUGCUGCCGCGAAUGUUGCUCCUCAGCAGGCCGCCGGGGACGACGUUGGAAUGGCUGAGAUUUCGUAA